AUGUCUGUGACACCUCAGGGCUCCCGCGGUGCUGGGCACCCUGCAGGGAGGAGUGAUGCCCUAGGGGGGCUGGAGGAGCGUCCUGCCCGGGCAGGUGUGGCCGUGCCGGGCAGCUGUGACUGUCCCCUGCCUGCAGCUCUGCGCAGGGCCCGGCGGCAGCAGCAGCUGGUCAGCAAGCGGCUCCUGCGGGAGGACAGCGCCGCCCAGGAGGGGACACAGGAUGGAGCAGACAUCGUGCCAGACCCGCUCUCAGAGGAUGAGGUUCUGGAGCUGCUCAGGGGUGUGCAGAGGGGUUCAGAGGACAGGAGGCGAUGGCUCGGCCGCCUCCGCUGGGCUCUGCAGAACGAGGACACUCAGCAGAAGUUUGUCAGGUUGGAUGGCAGCAUCAGGACGCUCACCGGGCUCUUCACCAGCAGCCUGGCUGAGCUGCAGCUGGAGGCUGCCCGCUGUCUGCACGAGCUGUCCCACUCCAGUGUCCCUGCUGUGGCCGAGGCCUGCCUGCCUGUCACCUCCUACCUGCUCACCUACCUGUCGGGACACAGCCUGGAGCUGACGGAGCUGUGUUUGUACACACUGGGGAACCUCGUGGUAGAAAGUGAGGCUGUGAGGAAGCAGCUGCUGCCUCAGGGCAUUAUUCCAGUGCUGGCAUCCUGCAUCCAGUCCCCUCACGAGGCAGUGCUGGAAGGUGUGGGCUAUGUCCUCUCUCAGCUCCUCCAAGCCAAGGAAGCACCCACAGAGAUCAUCCCGCUGGUCCUGGACUCAGCUCUGCCCCAGCACAUGCUCCAGCUGGUCUGCUCUGGCCUCAAGGCUGCCAUGGGAGCAGCUGUGGAGUUUGCCUGGUGUCUCCAUUACAUCAUUUGUAGGCACAAGGACAAUGAGCUGCUGCUGGCACUGGGGGCCGUGCCCGCGCUCACCUCGCUGCUGCUCGACCUGGCUGCCCAGAUUCCCCCGGAGGCUCCCGAGGGCCUGGAGCUGCUGGUGUGCCCCGUGCUGCGGUGCCUCAGUAACCUGCUGGCACAGACAGACUGCCAGCGCCCAGACAGACGGCUGCUCAUCGCCCUGUUCCUCAUCCUGCAGUGCUUCCUGCAGCAGCACCCCUUCCUCAUCCACGAGUGCCUGUGGCUGCUCAACAACCUCACAGCGGAUGAUCCCUCCUGCUGCUCUGCUCUGCUCUCCCUGGACCUGCUGCCAGCCCUGCUGCAGCUCCUGACGUGUUCCCAGAUGGGCACAGUGCUGGUGCUGACUGUGCUGUGCAACGUGGCAGAGAAGGGACGGUUCCAGUGCCAGCAGCUGCUCCAGCAGCCCCUCCUGGCCCAGCUCCUGCCCCUGCUCACACUGCCUGACCCUGAGGCCGUGGGGCAGUGCCUGGAGCUGCUGCACCUCCUCUUUCUGCACUGCCCAGAGGCUGCUGCUGAGUUCACCAGGCAAGGUGGGCACCAGGCCCUGGAGCAGCACCAGGGCACCCCAGAGCUGCAGGAGCGGGCACAGGCACUGCUGGACAUGGUCAGGCAGCCCCCAGGAGCCCCCAGUGCCUGCCAGGCCACACUGGCUGCCUCCUCCUAGGCCUCACCCUCUCCCUUCCCUCUCCUGAACUGCCAGGGGAGGAAUAAACUCCUCACCCCAGUGCCCAGCUUCCCAAGGGCUGCUCAGGGCUCUGAUGUGCCCAGUGCUGGCUGCAUGGGGGGGCUGGUCCUUGUCACCACCCAGUGCCCCCCAGAGCCUGGAGCAGGGGCAGAGCUGCAGCCCAGGCAGACUCUCCUGUGCCAGGGAGGGUUGAGUGGCUGCAUCAGCCAUUCCUUGGGCUCUCAGCCACCACCAAGCUCAAGGUAAGCACAUUGUGUUUAUGAACUGAUAAAUUAAAGAUACAUCUUUGACAUUAAAGAUAAUCAGUCAGGUGUCCAGCAGGUGUGUACUUCCUGUCUGCUGUCAUGCACGGCUUUUCACAACGCUCUCCAGGGCCUUGGCCACUUCAUCCACGCUCAGGUUGCUCAGUGGGAUGCUCUUCUCCUUCCCAAACUCUGUGGGAAAACAGGCAGGGUGAGAGGGGGCAGGUGUGGGUUCCUUUCCUGCUGCAAGGCACUGAUGUCACAGCCCAGGCUCCCAUCACCACAUCCCAAUGUUCCUCCAUGUGCCCAGGUUAACAUUUCCAAUUUCCUAUUCUCCUCCUUUCCCUUGGAAAGAACUCAGAGCAGCUCAACACCUUUCCCAGUCUCCUUUUGUUAGCUCUGCCUGGGCAGAGACACAUGCAAGAGCAACCCUGUGCCCUUCAGCCUUGUCCCAGCAAGGUGCCCCCCUCAGGAAAGCAGCCUGAAAACUCUCUUCCUACAGCUGUCCCAGCCUGGGCUCCACUUCCCUGCCAGUCCCACCCAGAUGAGACUCCCCUGCUCUGUGCUCAAAGAGUCACUGCAUCUUUUCAACAGGUCCUAAAUUAAUUUCUUCUAGCCCAGAUGACCUUUGAGGAAAACAAAUAAUUUCCAAAGGGGCUUUUCUGCUUUCUUCUUGCUGUUUCACUGAAAAGGCAGUGAAAAUAAAGGAGGAACAGCCACA